AUGGCUGCCAGUCCCGGUUCAGACAACAACUGCAACAUAUACAUGCCACCGUUGGGUUGCUCGGUGGCAUCCUCGCAUGACUUCAGUGAUUACCAAUGGUUUACGGACUUUGGAAGUUAUCGCGACGGAGUGGCCACUCAUCAAAGCAUCCUUUCGGCCCUCUCCGCCUCGUACAAUGGCAUAGGUGAGCUGUCGUACUACGAGAAGAUGGCAAAAGACAUCGACGCCAACCUGGCGGAGAUCGAUAUGGAGAGCUUCCGCACCGAGGACAUUCAUUCGCUGCUGACUGGUUUACCAGGUCAUCUGCACGCGAAUGACACGGAGCGGAAGUCGCGUAACAAUAAUCGCAUUUUCUCGACGAUCAGCGCAUGUACGGGAGCAGGACUGAUAACGGCAGAUCUAAUGGACAAUUCGAUUUGCAAGUCAGAGUUGCUCUUCUCUCCAGUCAAGGAAUCACACAUCAGUGUCGAUUCGCUCGACAUGGACGGAUAUCCGGACGAAGAAGACAUAAUACUCACGUGUCAGGCGAAUAAGAACAACUACACGAUCGCGUUCGAGCAAAGCGUACUCUACUCUGACGAAAGCUUUUACGAUGGGCCGGAGAACUACGGCAAGUACAAACGAAUGAAUUUGCUGAACAACCUACAGAACCGCACCAAAUUAGUGAAAGCACGAGAAUCAUCCAUGUCUCACUCGGAAGUGGGUUACACCACUUGGAGCAAAGUAAAGCGAAAUGGGCUACCGCAGAGAGUGGCGAUUCCGAUCAAUCCUCUGAUAAGUCACAUUUCGCGACACGCUCGGACAUGCUUCGUGCGCAAGAGCCUCAGCAUGCCAAAUCUGCAAGCGAACAAUACUCCCUCAAACCAAAGCCCGCAACAUGCCCCUCCGAAUGGCCAGCAACCAUUGAACGUUUCCCAAGCCGCAGUUAGCAACCAGUCAGCGGAAUCUUUCGAUCGGCCAUUGCGUACAUUGCUUCCGAUGUACACGCUGCCCACGGAUUCGGAGAACGAGAGCAACAACGGCAAUGGUGGUACGGAUGCUUCCAUGCAGCACGAAAGCGAGCAGAGCGUUACUUUAGACGACCAGCAGCAUGAUCAGCAGCAACAACAGUCGCACCAACAACAGCAACACCAGCCAUCGUUUAAUUUGGUCAAAUUGUUCAUUAAACAGAAAAGCAGUUCCACCGACACCUGCAUGGAUGUGUCAUCUGGGUGCUGGCCUAGCGAUAGUACGAACAGUGGCGGUUCGGCAGGUGAACAUCAGCCGCAGGUGCUGCGUGGACGUAAAAAGAGUAUGCACGACUCGGGCAAAUGCUCUUCCACCAUGGGUGCAGCCGCUCCUAUUGCCAGAGGGGCACUCGACGACGACGAUGACUUUCAGCUCGACAGUUUGGAUGCACAAAUUAACACUCUAAACAAUAAUGCGUGCCCCCAUCGGGUGGUCGAAGAAGGUGGAGAGAAUUUACACGCUGAUGAAGGCGCGGAUGGCGGUGGCCCGGUAGUUUCCCGCGGAGUGCAUGGACAGUUGGGGCAUGUCAAGUUGAACGAUUUCAACCGCCAGGUUCCCUGUUCACCACGAAAGCAGUAUAAAGGUUACAACAUGAACAUCGGUGGGGCAGGCGCAGGAAGGGCCGUUGUGAAGAAUCCAGCCACCGUGCACGGUCGUCUACUUCAAAAUGGCUCUAGUAUCAGUAGCAGCGGUGGUGGUUGUAUCGGCGGAAGCAUCGCGGCCAGCCCACUGACCAGUAUUAGCAACAAUAAUCAUCACAACAAUGUGAACAAUAAUAAUAGUUACAAGGACACCAACAGCGACGCCAGCCGCACGUCGGAAAAUCUGACGCAGAUCUUUAACCACAGUGGCAACAACAACACCACGACGCCUCCACGGACGACGAAAACGAUUCCGCUCGAAAUGAUAACGAAAUCGAUGCAAACAUCGCUGACGGGCGCAUCAGGAGCACGCGAAAAAGUUCGUGUAAUUCCACCCUCGUUUCUUGAUCGUUUGAACGAGCUGGGUGAUCGGCAAAAGGCACCCGUCUUCGUCGUCUACCCGAAUUACGUGCUUCCGGAUUUGGGUUUCCUCAAACCGCAAAACGAGAUAGUGCUAUCGCCACUGUCCUUCCGUGAAACGAUGGCCGGUGGAGGUCAGGCCGGACGGCCAAUGAAAAAGGCUCGACCGCUUUCGCUGAACGACAUCGAAACGAUGAAGCAGCGAGAGUAUCGGCACGUGGCCGACUGGAAGUCGUUAGUGUUUUUGCUUCCCAACCACUACCGUAAGCUGUUGCGCCACAUUCCGGAGGUGAGCGAACUCGCACUGUCGACCGAAAGUCGUCCAAUGUUCUGCCAAACGCCUCCUCUGCGUCGUGGCGGAGUCGGUACUGGAGAACGGGGUGUAACAUGCGAUUGCAUGGCAUUGCUACACCAGAACACCCAAACAUACGCGAGUUCAAGCUCCGGCGGUAGUUCCAGUGCGGCACCUAGCUCGGGCUAUCGUGGGUCGUCCACUAUGCUCACGACGGGGGAUUCAGAGAUGGACAUCCACGGCACGGUGGCACCGAAUGCAUUGUACGUCUACCAAUACGACAGUCCUGCGGAGGUGUUGGCCUCGUGCGAGAGGCCACCAUCUGGGCGGGUUGUGGGUGGUCCACCGAAAAGUAUUCUUCGCCGGCCCGCCGGUCGUGGCAAUACGGGUCCUGUAAAACCAAAACGGAGCAGCAUGUUUGAGGAAGAGCCUCCGAUAGCUGAACUGCAUCAGCAUCCCGCGUUAGGUGCGAGAGAGAAGAGGCGUUCACUGCAGGAGCAUCAUUCGUACAAUUUUUACGAAGAAGAGUCCGAACAAGGUGAACACAAGCUGCACAACUCGCCCAACAUGACACCCCAUCCACGGUUGGCCAACACUCCGAAGCUUCCGUCAGCCGAUCACUACCACAAGCUGAAUAAAUUGGUCGAGCUAAGCGAAAGGGAGCUACUGGCCGCAGGUGCUGGUGCUGGAGUUGGUUUCCACCCGACGGAAGAGGAAUUGGAGGCACGGGCCCGCGCUGAGCACUUCCUUUCGCACGUCCCACGGGCGGAACUGAAGCAUUACGCUGAAAUUGCACACAUUCUCGAGUCGACCGGCGAAGCGAUCGAGGAUGUGAACGAUGAGACGUACGACCGAACGAGGCUACGAAACGAGGUGAGCCGGGCGUUGUCGCAGCGCCGGAAUGUUACCUUUACCAAACCGGCGAAAGCAGCGGCGACAACUCCCACGGCCUGUACGACUCCAGUGCGGCAACCGUCUUCCUCUACUGCUGCGGCCGCCAAUACCGUGUUGCUGCGACCGACUGAGAUCAAGUUUUCCACGCCACCCAACUCACCCAACAUGUCCGUCGUGGCAAACCAUGGUGUUACGAUUGCUGACCGGAAGCCUCCUCCGGCGCAGCGUACCACAGCCACUCCCGCAACGGUGGGUUCUCCAUCUUGCACCGAAAAGGAAAAGCAGGACAAAAUCCAAACCAAUCGUUUCAAACGACUACAAAUACAGUGGGAGCUGCUGAGUAAGGAAGCAAACGGUCGGGCGGCGGUGGCCGAAAGUCAGCGGAAAAUGGAAUUCCGGAGCGGAGGAAACACACCGACCAGUGGUAACAGUGCUACAAAAUCUCGCAUUCCGCGUCCCGUCAGUUAUCCAACAACAAGGACAAACUCUGAUCCCGUUGUCAGCAAAACGUUGAAAUCGCCCAGUCGCAUUAUAGCUCCGAGAAAAUAUGGCGCAGCGCAAUCACCGCAAACUCAUACCGCAAUGCCCACCACACCACCCACACCAGCCCCGCGAACCCCUAAUAAAACAUUUGCUAACUGCACGCCGAAGAAAGUGUCCUCAGUUCCUUCUCGCCCUGCGACACGCACACGCAUACCACUCGUCAGCCGGGGCAAAAAAAUGACUGUGAACUAAUAACAAAGCGAACUGUACAAGUGGAUCGAUCGAAGACGACAGAAACAGUUGACGACCAACUACUUAUCACCAAGCUCAUCGCAAAGAUACUGUCUCAGAGUGCGGAGAAGAAUGAAGUGUAUAAAUUCACGUAGAAAAAGCCUCAUCCUUCACAAAUUCUAGCAAAACGAUUAGGAGACACCUGUUGCCGGAAGGAAAGGAAUAUAUUGUUGGGGGCCGUUGUUGUGCAGAAUACGUAGUGUGUAGUGACAAGAACACUAUUUUUACCCUUCACUUCACACUGUAGGCGACCACAAAAACGUAUUGAUUUUCUAUGGAACACUAGCAAAGCAGACGAGAAUGCAUAAAAAUUGUCCAAUCGAUCGGCUUUAGCAUUGGUACGCAGCAGCAUGACUGUUACCUACUAUCACCAUCACUCACUGCAUAUCAUGUACCCGUAACGUAACCGCAGCAAUACGCCCAAGUGUCGUGCAAGAGAUUUGCAAAUGAUUGUGUAGAUAUCGAAUGGAGGAUCUUUUUUCCAAUGGAGAGGUAGCAUUUCCAAAGAAGAGUUUCGUCGUAUCGUUACGGGUGGCAUCGAUAUAGUAUAGAAUGUAAGAGCGCUUAAAGUUUCGCUUGCAUUUUGUUUGCGUUUUAGUCGCUACUUCAGUUGCUUUUUAGAGAAUGUGCCGGUAUCAAUCAAAAGAGGGGGUCGCAGUAACAGAAGGAUGACCCAUUGGGAAUGUAAUAUACACGGUCGUUAUGUACCCGAUACUCCAUUGUCCAGUAGUGGGCAGAUGGGACAGGAGAAGUUGUUCGAGUGCGGUCGCGUUUCUUUCGUUCGAUUGUCGGUCGUGCUGCAUACGUUCAAUAUGGAUAUGUACUACUGAUAACAAUACUCAUCGCAAGAUUAAUCGAUGCUUUCUAGUAUAAUCAGCGACGCAGUGAUAAGGAGUCAUUUAUGUGAUGGAAUGUAACAGAGCAAUGUUGAAAAGUGAUUUGUUCACCAUAUAGGCAUGUACAGGCAAAAAUGCUUAGGAAAGAUGUAUAUUUUUGGCCCUCUCCGUAUUCUUUUGUUUUACUGUAACAAAAUAUUUUGAUAGGCAGCAGAAUAUUUUUCUAUAUGUACUAAGCAUAUUCAUGGACACUUCUCCUUCUUUAUGCGGACAAACGCCUAAGUCAUUAGAUUAAAGUAUCUAAAAGAAUUACAAAAGUAUCGAUUUUAUUUUCCUCUGUAUUCGUUUUCGAUCAUUUACAUUUCUCAUUUUAAACCUUUCGGUUUAAAAAUCAGUCACCAGUACUGCAAGGCGACGUACUACGCUCAAAGUUGAUGCUUGCGUUUGUACUGAAUUUAUUUGUCAUUGAGUUUAGCGGACUUUAAUGCAAAAUGAACACACCAAGCAGCAAAUUUAAUCGAAUUCACGAACCCGCUCGAAUGGAUUAUGCAUGUAUUGGAUACUUAGCUUCUCCGAUUCGUUUCCUUUCGAACCAAGAAGCAAUGAAGAAGCAUCAAAGUAGAAGUAGAAUCGAACCAAGAAGCAGCAAUGAAAAGUUUCGUGUAAUAUGCGUUUACUGUAUAGUCGAGCUGAUUUUAUUAUUAGGCUUUUAUCGUCAAUGUAUUGUUACCAGACUGUGAAGGAGCAAGAAAUGGGAUUGACACGAAAAUUCAUGCCGUAAACAAACUUAAACCAAACCAGGGCUACAAACCCAACGAGACUCCAAUGCUUGAUGGACUUUGUUUACGUGUAAUAUGCAACGACUUUCUGAACUAGUCUCCAUCGAUAGGUUGUUUAGUUAAGUUAGCUGAUCUUAACCAAUGAUCGAUAACCAUCCCUGACACAGCAACAACGGGAAGAUUGAAAAUGGCCCACAUUGCUUCGAUUACCUUUUUUGUUUGAUAUAGUAAAACCGCUAUUUGCCAAAUAAUGAUUGCUAAUGAAUUGCAGUUCGCUACAUCGGUCACUCGCCACUCCAAGAAUUCCUAUCCUACACUCUUACCAGCUCACGAUAGUGCGCCGUGCCAUAAAGGUAACUGUAAGUUACUGAGAGAAGAUGGCAGCUCCGUGUGUUUCUUUUAUUGUUUGUACACCGCAUCGGAAACGCAAAUCAGAAACGAACCAACGUACGCCAGCGUAACGAAAUAUGUUUAAGCGACACGGUUAUACAUAAUACUUUGUAUGCCGUAAAACCACCAUGCAUGUAACGAAAUCACUUCGCUUCACUGAAAUUGUGGUAGUUCAACGUAAACAAUCGUUUUGGCUUUUGCUUAUUUAUUAUAUUAUUCCCAAUCGUUAUCCGCAUUAUUGCAGCAGCGUGCAAAUCAGAUUAAAGUAUAUAUAUAUAUACAUAAAUAUAUUUGAUGAAAAGGACUAAACCAUAU